GGUCAGUUACAUUAUCGCCUCUGAGAAGAAUGCGCGGUGAGAGGCAUGAGAGAGCGGCAGGAGACAGUACCUGGGAAGGUGUUGUCACAACAUGCGUCACGUGACCGGCCGCCGGAGCGAGGGGUGUGUCGCUUGUUUUUGGCAGGUGAAGUUCUGCCUCUGAGGAAAAGGUGCCCCCACCUUCCUGUGUGCCAAUACAUGUCUGAAGGAGACCAUGCAGUCUUGCUUCACUUGGAAGCCGAUGCGGGAGGAAGCAGCCAGGCAUGUACACCCCAUAGACUCGCCCGGGGAUUCCAGCGCUUACACAACUACUGGGGGAAGAGGCUCAGGGGUUCCAGCACCAGGCUGAGCUGCGAAGUGUAUGUCAUGGACGGAGUGGAGAACCCGGGUUUUACCUAUACCGGAGAGGUCGGGCUGAAAGACUUCGAUAGCACAAGCGAGAAGGAGCCAGAACCCUCUGUAUCCCCAGUCCAAGCUGUGGGGGAAGAGUUUAAGGAAGGACCAUGCGGCUGGGGCAGCUUCGCCCCGAGCUGGACGCAGUGUUGUAACAACCCCAAGGGCUACUUAGUGAUGUACAGCCUCCUGGCCGUCAUGCAAGGCACUGCAGUAAAUGGGUUGAUAAAUGUCGUUAUUACCACAAUAGAGAAGCGCUUUGACUUAAACAGUUCCCUGACUGGAUUAAUCGCCGCCAGCUAUGACAUUGCCUUUUGCCUUCUUUCACUUUUUGUGUCAUUUUAUGGACAGAGAGGACAUAAGCCUAGAUGGCUUGCAUUUUCAGCUUUUAUGAUUGGACUGGGUUCAUUCGUUUUUUCUAUACCAAACUUUUUUUCUGGUGUAUAUGAGUAUGGAAGCAAAUUCAGUGACGUCUGUGAAGUAUCAGGAAACUCCAGCAGUUUACAGAAUUGCUCCGAAGGAACUUCCCAGUCCUAUUUUUUGUAUGUCUUUGUUCUGGGAGGGCUUCUUAUGGGAGUUGGUGGAACUCCACUAUACACGCUUGGAACUGCCUAUUUUGAUGACAGCCUUCCACCACAUAAAUCAUCCCUUUACAUAGGUAUAGCCUAUGGCAUGUCUGUAGUGGGCCCUGCUGUUGGAUAUUUAGUCGGAGGACAGCUCUUAAACAUAUACAUAGAUUUUGAUAAAGGUCAAAGUGUAAAUCUUACUCCAACUGACCCUCGUUGGCUUGGAGCAUGGUGGAUUGGAUUUUUAGUUUGUGGGCUGGUGACUUGGACACUGAUUGCACCUUUCUCUUGUUUCCCAAAACAUUUGCCUGGUACAGAAAAAAUACAGUCGGAAAGAAUUUCCCAAGCUCAUAACAAUGGAAGUGAAAGCAUUGUGGAAAGCAAGAAUCUUGGUAAAAGCUUUAAAGAUUUCCCUUUGGCACUUCUGCUCCUGGUGAAAAAUCCAGUUCUUAUCACCUUAACAUUUUCAAGCUGCUUUGAUGCAUUUAUCACCACCGGCUUUGCAGCAUUCCUUCCUAAAUUCAUUGAAAACCAGUUUUCAUUGACCUCCAGCUUUGCAGCUAUUUUAGGAGGUGGUGUCCUAAUACCAGCAGCGGCAAUUGGACAAGUGUUAGGAGGCUUAAUUGUCUCCAAAUUUAAAUUUGAAUGCAAAAAUAUAAUUAGGUUCUCAAUUAUAAUAUCCUUCAUCUCAGUGGCGCUGACAACCAUUUUUAUUUUUGCAAGAUGUGGUAACGAUCCAUUCGCAGGUGUAUCUGUGCAAUAUAAUGGAACUGGACAGAUUGGUCAGUUAGAUGCCCCAUGUAACAGCAACUGCAGUUGUGCUCGCUUUUUCUAUGACCCAGUUUGCGGAUCGGAUGGAGUGCAGUAUUUCUCUAGCUGCUAUGCUGGGUGUUUGUCUGCGGAAUAUGAGGAUGAAGGAAAGAUAUAUAGUAAUUGUUCAUGCAUUGGAGGCCACAUAGGAGAAUCUGGAAUGAAUGUUUCAUCACAAGCUGAGCAAGGAAAAUGUAAAACAAGUUGUAAUAACCUGAUAAUAUUUAUGGUGUUUUUCUUUCUUGUGGUUGUCACCACGUUUAUGACAGCAACUCCAAUCACUAUGGCAAUUUUAAGGUGUGUGCCAGACAAACAAAGAUCCUUUGCCCUUGGUGUGCAGUGGUCAUUCAUUCGACUAUUAGGUUCUAUUCCUGGACCGAUUUUGUUUGGAGUUAUAAUAGACAGUACUUGUAUUUUAUGGAAUAUAAACGAGUGUGGAGUAAAAGGUGCAUGCUGGACUUACAAUAACUCACAAAUGUCAUUCAAUCUAAUAUCCAUCAGUGCAGCUAGCAAAGUGUUGACUAUUGCAUUUCUUUUUGUUGCAUUCUGCAUUUACAAACCUCCAUCAACGAGUACAGAAACUUUGCAAGAUUCACUUGAGAAACAUUGUGAACUGUAAAUCAAACUGCAAGCCAGAAGUCAAGAGAUUCUGAAUAUAACAAGUAAAAAACAGUUAGUAGGACAUACCAGGAAAAAAAAAAAACAAGGUCAAGAUAAAGGAUGAAUUAAAUAAUUGUACAUUUUUGUAA